CACAAUUUUAUGAGCUAGCCGCUCAAGCCAUGCGACCGCUAUUCCAGUCGCCCUCCUCACUUCCCCGCCAGCAUCGUCGCACGCCCUUCGCCAGCGGUCGCCCGUUUCGCACAAGCCGUGCGACACGCUUUAACGCAUUCUUCUUCCUCCUCGUUCUGUCGCUCGGCGGCUCCCUGCUUUUGCUCUGGCGACUGCAGCUGCUGCAGCGACCGCUAACGGAAGACGGAAAACGUUUAACGCUGUCGGAAAAAGUGACUGAGACGAACGGAAAUGCAGGGAAGGCGGAUCAAGGGACGGAUAAGCGUUUCACCAGCGGCAGCAGCAACACCGGCACCGGCAGCAUCAGCAAUAGUGGGGGAAACAACAAGGCUCCAUCUUUAUUAGAUGCUGAUAACGAGGAUGAUUAUGAUGACGCCGAUUUCUUAUUGGAUGGAUCCACUGAUGCCACGUCAGCAGGAACGCGGGAGGAAGGGAAAGGGGCAGGUAAAGCGGACGCGAUUGGUGGAGAGAAUAAGGAGCCCAGUGCUGACGUGGCUCGGAAACACGAGAUCUGCAAGAGAAUGAUUAAGAGCCCUCCUCUAGUGUGCGCGCAUGGGGGCGAUGCC